AAUAACAUAAUCAUAAUUUUAGACUAAAUAGGAAUCAUCUAAAUAAAUUUUAAAGUUUAAUUUUUUUUUUAGAACAUUUAAUGCAAAUUUGGAAAUCUUUAAAGAAAUCAUGAUGAAUCUUUUUACAUCAUCAGACCGAACCACUUCAGGCUCUCUGCUACCUUCUCUUGAUCGGCUGAGGCUGUCACGAUUUCACCAACCUUCUCUCCCUCUCUUUGAAAGAGUCUCCUCUGUAAAAAAACAGUACGCAAAUGGGCUGACAACCCAUGUUCCCAGGUUUCUACAUUGCACUUACUUUGCCCGUUUGGUUGCUCAGAAAAUGUGCUCAAACUAAGCCAAGAAUUACCAGUUGCAGAAGCCUUCCAACAUUCUGCAAUAAAUACUCGAGAAUUACCUCUACUUCCAGUCAGUAUGUUUCUUGGGAAAAGGAACAUACGUUCUACGUAUAAGAACACAGCACCUUGCGACCUUCCUUCCAUGCCAUUCAUAUAUUUUUCCCGGGAAGAGAAAUAAAACUUGUAUUUUCAACGCCGCAACAACACAGUACCUACCAGUACUACUUCAUUUUUUUUUUCCUUUCUUUUCCUUGCAUUUUUCUCUGCCGUUCAGCAACCAAACGGAGGAAAAAUCCUACUUGUUUGGUUUUAUUGCUUGUGGUUAAUCAUUUCCAUGUUUUGGGUUUUUGCUGGUUUUCAUCCUUAGCGAGACAAAAUUACCAGAGAGGCGCCUCAUAUUCGCAGAUGGAUCUCUAGCCGUUGAAUCAUCGAGGUUCUUCUAACCCUUGCCUUCUUAUUGUCCUUCUGAUCAAAGUCUUUAAGCAAAUUCUGCGACAAGAAAAUCAUCUUCAGAAUAUUUUUCCGAUUGUAGACCCUUCGUUGAAUAUGGCUUUAAGCAAACGGCGUGGUUUCAUUGGUGUUGGUAAAAGAAUUGUGGGUUCUUAUGGUAUUGUGUAAAAAGAGCGUAGCAUGUUGCCGAGACUUCUUACUUUUUAAGGGUCGGGGAGGGUCAGGGUGUGAGUGUUGUACAAAUCAUUUCCUUUUGUUACAUUCAGCCUGCUUAGUAUCGACAAUUAAGAAAAUGCAGAGACCACCAUUACCUGACGAUUUUGCUCUGAAGGAGACCUCCCCCAAAAUUGCUGGGGCAGGGAUGAAUAUUGGUGAUAAGCUCACUUGCGCGUAUGAUCUAGUGGAGCAAAUGCAAUACCUUUACGUUCGCGUAGUGAAAGCAAAGGAUCUGCCCGGGAAGGAUGUAAGUGGAAGCUGUGAUCCAUAUGUUGAAGUGAAGCUCGGUAACUACAAGGGAGUUACCAAGCAUUUCGAGAAGAAGUCCAACCCAGAGUGGAAUCAUGUCUUUGCGUUCUCCCAGGAUAGAUUGCAAGCAUCGUUUCUUGAAGUGGUGGUGAAGGAUAAGGAUGUGGUUUUGGAUGAUUUCAUUGGCAGAAUUCAGUUUGAUCUCAGUGAAGUCCCAAAGCGCGUUCCACCAGAUAGCCCAUUGGCACCACAAUGGUACAGACUGGAGGACAGAAGAGGUGACAAGAUUAAGCAUGGGGAGAUUAUGCUUGCUGUUUGGAAGGGAACUCAAGCAGAUGAGGCUUUUCCUGAUGCUUGGCAUUCUGAUGCAGCAACAGUUAGCAGUGAUGGUGUUUCCAAGAUCCGGGGAAAGGUGUACCUAGCUCCUAAGCUUUGGUAUGUCCGAGUCAAUGUGAUUGAAUGCCAGGAUCUAGUACCUAGCGAUAAGGGAAGGCAUCCCGAUGCUGCUGUUCGAGUUGUGCUUGGAAAUCAAGCAUUGAGAACCAAAAUAAUAAAGGGUUUCAACCCAAUGUGGAAUGAGGAUCUUGUGCUUGUCACUGCCGAACCAUUUGAGGAGCCCUUGGUUAUAACUGUGGAAGACAGAGUAGCACAGAACAAAGAUGAGUUUUUGGGAAGGUGUGUGCUUCAGUUGCAGAACAUUUCCAGGAGGUUUGACAACAAAGCUGUGCCUGCCCGGUGGCAUAAUCUGGAGAAACACACGAUCAUUGAGGGAGAGAAGAAGGAAAUCAAAUUCGCAAGUAAGAUUCACCUAAGGAUCUGUUUAGAAGGUGGGUAUCAUGUUUUGGAUGAAUCAACACAUUACAGCAGUGAUCUCAGGCCGACUACCAGGCAAUUGUGGAAGUCCAGCAUCGGUCUUCUUGAACUGGGGAUCAUAAGCGCAAAAGGAUUGUCGGCAAUGAAGACUAGAGAAGGUCUAGCAACGACAGAUGCUUAUUGUGUGGCCAAGUAUGGACAGAAAUGGAUUCGAACAAGGACAAUCAUCAGCAAUACUGCUCCCAAAUGGAAUGAGCAGUAUACUUGGGAGGUUUUUGAUCCCUGCACUGUGAUCACAGUAGGAGUGUUUGACAAUGGUCACCUGCAGGGUGGGGGAAAGGAUUCUAGGAUUGGGAAGGUCAGGAUUCGCCUCUCCACGCUUGAAACUGAUCGAGUUUAUACACAUUCGUAUCCUCUUAUCGUUCUACAAACUUCAGGGGUGAAGAAAAUGGGCGAGAUUCAGUUAGCUGUGAGGUUCUCAUGCACUUCUUUUAUUAACAUGUUACACAAGUACACACAGCCAAUGUUGCCGAAAAUGCACUAUGUUCAUCCUUUGUCAAUAAUCCAGCUCGACAUGUUGAGACACCAUGCCACUCAGAUAGUCUCAAUGAGGCUGAGUCGAGCUGAGCCACCUCUAAAGAAAGAGGUUGUUGAGUACAUGCUCGAUGUAGGAUCGCAUAUAUGGAGUGUGAGGAGGAGCAAGGCUAAUUUUUUCAGGAUUAUGAAUGUAAUCGGCGGGUUUAUUGCAGUUGGGAAAUGGUUUCAUCAGGUCUGCCACUGGAAGAAUCCCAUCACAACCAUUCUAAUUCACAUCCUUUUCGUCAUUCUGGUCCUUUACCCUGAACUGAUGCUUCCCACAGCAUUCCUCUACCUCUUCUUCAUUGGGAUUUGGCGAUAUCGAUGGAAACCAAGGCAUCCUCCCCACAUGGACAUCCGACUGUCGCAUGCUGAUGCUAUUGGCCCUGAUGAACUGGAUGAAGAAUUCGAUACAUUUCCAACCACCAAGGGAAGUGACAUUGUUAGGAUGAGGUACGAUCGCCUGAGAAGCAUAGGAGGGAGGAUUCAAACUGUGCUCGGUGACUUGGCAACUCAGGGGGAGAGGUUUCAGUCCCUCCUGAACUGGAGAGAUCCCCGAGCAUCGGCUCUGUUCCUCACAUUCUGUUUCGUCAUCGCCAUAGUCCUGUACGUUACGCCGUUUCAGGUGGUGCUGCUUCUUGCUGGAUUUUAUGUGUUAAGGCAUCCAAAGCUCCGCCAAAAGCUUCCUUCAUUGCCUCUCAACUUCUUCAGGAGGUUACCUGCCAGAACAGACUGCUUGCUCUAGGUCUCUUCUAGCUUGGAUUCUGUUGCAGUGAACAAAUGAAUUCCAUCUAUAUAUAUAUAUAUAUAUAUCUAUUCAUCUU